GAGAGACGAACAGAGGAGGCAACAGAGGAGGAGAAGGAGCAGGACGCCUCUGAGAAGAGGAGGGUGCGGGAAACGGAAGAGGGGAGAGGGCGGGAGCCUGAAGCCCUGAGCGAGGAGGCAAGAGAAGGAAGGAGAGAAAACAGGGUGGGGAGAGACCAGAGGGAAAGAGAGAGGAAAGUUGUGUGUGAGGGGCAGUGGAGUCUAGCAGAGGAAGAGGCAGGGGAGCCCCCAUCUCUGACCACGCCGAGCGCAGCUGGUGGGUGCUAAGCGGGAGGCGCUGAGCGUGGCCGCAGUCGCAGCGGUGGCUGUGGUGGCACAGCCCCGUUCCCAUCUCCCAAGAUGAUGAAGAGGCAGUUUCACCGGAUGCGGCAGCAGCUCACCUAUCCUGGCCUUGCGGGACGAAGCCAAGAAGCAACUGAGCUUUUGACUGAUGACUUGCUGCAGAUUGAGCAGAGAAUUGAGCCAGCCAAGAAGGCAGCACACAAUGUGUCCAAGAGGCUCCAGGCAUGUCUGCAGGGACAGAGUGGCUCAGAGGUGGACAAACGGGUGAAGAAACUGCCUCUGAUGGCUCUGUCCGUCACAAUGGCUGAGAGCUUCAAAGAACUAGACAGUGAUUCCAGCAUGGGGAAAGCUCUAGAGAUGAGUUGUUUCAUACAGAGCAAUCUGGCCAAAGUCCUGGCUGAGUUUGAAAUCGCCUUGGAGAGAGAGGUCCUACAGCCCCUGAACAAACUGAGCGAGGAGGAACUGCCUGUUAUCCUGAAACGCAAGAAGACCCUUCAGAAGCUGAUCUCAGACUGGAACUCCAUCAAGAGCAGGUUGAAUCAAGCUGUCAAGAACUCCAGUAACAGUGCUGGGGUUGCUACUGGCCCUGGAGCAUCAUCUGCAGCCAUCAAACUGGAAAACCUGAGGGAGGAAGAAGAGGAGGUGAAAAGGAGGGUGGAGCAAUGCAAAGAUGAGUACAUGGCUGACCUAUAUCACUUCUCCACCAAGGAGGACAAUUAUGCUAACUACUUCAUCAAACUGCUAGAAAUCCAAGCUCAGUACCACCAGACGUCUCUUGCAUCACUGGACGCCGCCUUGGCAGAGCUGAGGGAAACCCACGGUCAGAUAGAGUCCCCGGUCCCUUUGAAUACCCCUGUAUCAAAGUAUUAUGGGGAGCCCUUGGAGGAGCACUUGAGGAGUUUGGGUCGGGAGAUCGCGCUCCCCAUUGAAGCCUGUGUCAUGAUGCUGCUGGCAUCUGGCAUGAAGGAGGAGGGGCUCUUCAGGUUGGCAGCAGGGGCCUCCAUGCUAAGGAAGCUGAAGUGCAGCCUGGCCAGUGGCUCCAGUGCCCUAGAGGAAUUCUACUCAGACCCACAUGCUGUUGCUGGUGCACUAAAAUCCUACUUGCGAGAGCUGCCCCAGCCCCUGAUGACCUUUGACCUCUAUGACAACUGGCUGAAUGUAGCUUUCUUCAAGGAGCCUGAGGAGCGUGUGCAGAGCCUCCGAGACACCUGCAGCCGGCUCCCGCAGGACAGCUACAACAACUUGAGGUAUUUGAUCAAGUUUUUAGCCAAGCUGGCUGAACAUCAGGAAGUGAAUAAAAUGAGCCCUAGCAACAUUGCCAUCGUUCUGGGGCCCAACCUGCUGUGGUCACAACAGAACACAGGAGACCCAUUGCAACUAGACCUGGCCUCCGUGUCCUCCAUCCAGGUGGUGGGAGUCGUGGAAGCCCUGAUACAGAAUGCUGACAGUCUCUUCCCUGGGGCAAUAGAUUUCAAUGUCUCAGGCAUGUUCACUCCCCCUGAGGAGAUUAAGUUCCCUGAAGCCCCUUCAGCAGAGAAGCCUUCAUCAGAGUCCCUUCCUGCCAGCUCUACCUCUCUACCAGCUGGAGAAGCCAGGAAUGACCCUGAGACACCCCCAAAGGAGACCAGAACAUUGCCUGAGGCUGCAAAUCCCCCCCUGGCUGCACCUCGAAGUGAUGACCCUGCCCCCAAAGUUCUCUGUACAGGGAAGCGAGCUGCACCCACCCGGCCCACAGGACUGCCACCGCAAGUACAGCCUCGCACCUCAGCACCAAUGCCUGCAAACCCACCUCAGGGGGCUGAGAACCCCAGUGGACCCAAAGCCAUGCCUCGCCGCACAGCAAGUACUCCCACACGUGCCCCCUCCAUGCCACCUCCCCUUCCACCCCAGCCAGCCAGACGCCAGAGCCGCAACAUGCAGCUGUCCUCCAAGGUCUCAUUGGAUGCCAAGGGUGAAGAGGCCUGUGCAGCUGAAUCACCUCCCUCACCUGGCCACAGCACAGAAAUGGCUGCAGACUGCAUCCCAGGAGAGGAGGAACCAUCCUCUCUGCAAGGGACUUGCUCCCCAGCUGUAUCCCCACCAGCAGUCCAGGCUCCAGUGAAUGACUGAGAUUCACAGAGAGCUUCGGAGCUGUCAGGUCUCCUGUCUGCUUGCCACGGGUCCAGGGAGAAAGAGGAAACAGGGACUGGUGGCUUUCCAGGAUCUGGCACAGCAUGGAGCUAGCAGCUCAGGUGGGAUCUCAUGAAGACGUGCCAGGUUGGGACAUGGGACUCUGCUUCCUGGGAAGGUAGUUCACAGCCUGUCCUUUAAUGUGUUCCCCACCUCAUGCAAGUGCUUUCCUUGUUUGCAUUGCAAUAGCACCCAUGGAGACCUAAUUGGAGGUAGCCUUUGUGGGCAUCUUCAUUUUUGUCAAUCCCUGUCCCUCAUGGGCUACCCAACCGUUCCAGUGGCUCCACUCUUCCCUUGUGACUGAAACCUCAUUCCCUAUCAGUCUUCCCAGAAUCAUUAGUCAGCUCCUUACCUCUUACCCUCCAACCCCCAGAAACUUUUCAUGAGCACAUGAACCUCCAGCUCCUCAAAAUGCUUCCUGGGUUCUGGGUUCCUGCUACAACUGAAAGGGAUGGGGGGAUACUAGAUGCCUAGCAAACAACUUCCCCCCUCAGCUCCCUGAUAUUUCUGCCUCAUUCAAUCAAGCUGAGGUUUCAAUUGCUCUUUUUUCAAGGGGCUCCUCAAAUCCAUGGACUGAGGCUCCCAAGACUCUUCCUCCUUUUUAAAAAUGGGGUUUACAGUAUCAUGUGCUGUAUCCCAAAUGUUUUGGGGUCAUCCCUAACAUAAGCAGAUAUGUGGAAUAUAUCUAUGCCAACAGCAUAAGGGCCCAUUAUUGAACUGUCUCGCGUGAGUGGUAUGUUGGUACAUAGGUUUGUACCAUCUACAGAAGCAAAGCAGCCAUUUUUUGUUUUAAGCCAAUAGUGCUUUAAAAUGAGUCAUGAAAAAAUCCUCCUGCUGUACGAAUCUCUGACGUUGGUCUGGUUAGGUUUGUGGUACAACUGUUGUUUUUUUAAAUGUAUUGUGAAUAAGUUAUUUUUAAAAUGGGGGCCAAAGGGAGCACAGCGGGUUAUGUCUGCUUCCAUUGUAGCUGAAUUUGGCUCUUAAAUUGUACUUGAGAGAACGCUGUAAAAUGCUGUUUUUGAUUUUUAGUGUUUUGCAGGAUUUUGUUUUCUUUACCAAGAUACUUGUAUGAAUACAUGUUAUUUUAA